UUUAUUUAGCUAACAGUUUAUAGUCAUUUAGUUAAAUCAAAUUAAAACUUAAAUUAAUUUUUAAUAAUUAAAUACUAAUUAAAGUAAUCAUGUUAAUCAUUAAAUCCAAUACAUCUAUUAUUAUGCUAUUGUUGUUGAAUAUAUAUUUUAUUCAACAAUCAAUUGGUGGACCAACACGUCUAACAAAUUUUCAGUUUAUACAGAUCUAUGGCGAUUGUAAAUCGUCUAACAGUGCCUACAAAGUGGAUAAUUUGGUCCAUUUUGUUGGCCAGUCGUUUCCGUACAGUUGCGAUAAAUAUAAAGUAGACGAACCGACUAUUACACGUCGAUAUCUGAUGCGAUACAAUGGUAAUCAAUGGGCACCGGUAGUGGUCGAGUACACCGAUUUGCAAAACAUACCGAAUAACGCUGAUAACAAGUUUCGUGAAUUACAAAAAGGUAAAGUAGUUGACGGCCUACAGGAACUGAUUGGCGCUCAGGUAGUCUACGAUUCGGCAUUUAAUUUGAAAUGGUUUGACACCCAGUGCCAGAAACCCGAUGGUGUUACCCAACUUAGAUUCAAAUCGGCAACCGUCCAAAUUAAUGUCAACAAAAAUUUUAGGAUUCAAUGUAAGGCUAAGUUAGACCAGAAAACCUGGUUAACCGAGUUUAUGGUCACCAAAAUCAAACCGGGUCUGGUCAGCGAAAAAUUACUCAAUAAACUAUAGGGUGGGUUUAUUUUGGUGGUGGGGGAGCGCACCUGUAGUUUAUUUAAGUUAAUAAACAAUUAGAUAGUAGUUUAUAGAGUUUAUACAAUUAGAUAGUAGGUUAUAGAUUGAAGAUUUUUAGUAGUUAUUAUUAUAAUUA